CCCACGCGUGACCCAUUCACACAAACAACAUGAGGCCGCGCCCUGAUAGGCGGAGGCGGUUGUCAAUCACACGGGGUAUAAAAGAGUGUGGUAUGCGUGGCCUGGGGUGCCUGUCCUCUGAUUGGUCAAGGGGCGUGUCUGUCAGAGCCGUUACCAGGGCGGGGCGUGGCUGUUCAGUGAAUGGCGGGCAUGUUGGUCACCGUGGAAACCGAGGGCGGGAACACGGCUGCUUCCUGCACGCACACUGCUGAUAGGCUAAAAAUCCCGUCAGUCCAUGCAGCAGUAGCCGAGGGGAGGGAGCGAUACCAGAGCUGAAUUUUGAUAGGGUAAAUCAGCUGUCAAUCGACGACAAAACCCGGCGAGCGCCUUUUCUAUUGGCUGUGGACACUCCUCGGCGGCCGGGCCGGGCGGACGGCGGAAGCGGAAGCGACCGGCGCAGCCGCGGCGGGAGGGAUGAAACCGGCUCCGGGAGGGCGGCGGCGGCUGCUGCCGGUAGUGCCCGUGCUGCUGUUGCUGUUCCUGCCCUUCCUGCUCCUGGGAGCUGCAGGCUCCAAGGAUGCCGUCAUCCCCCUCCGUGAGGGGCACGACUUCCUGUACCACAAAUCCCAGCGCUUCUGCUACACCAACACCCGUGUCCCGCGAUGGAACGACGUCUGGACCAGGACACAGAUCCGUGUCAACAGCAGCCGCAUGAUCCGCGUCACCCAGGUGGACAGCGAGGAGGAGCUGGAGAAGUUCAGCCUGUGGAACGUGGUGUUCUCCUUCCUGAGGGGCAAACUCAACGACACCAGCAUCGAUGUGGAUCUCUACAGCAACAAAACCUGCCUCAAGGUCGAGCUGCUGGAGCCUGGCACCUCCUACUCCGUCGUCCUCUUGCGACGUUUUGACCCUAAGCUGUUCCUUGUUUUCUUCCUGGGCCUGCUGUUGUUUUUCUGUGGGGACACACUGAGCAGGAGCCAAAUCUUCUACUACUCAGCUGGGAUCAGUGUUGGCUUGUUGGCCUCUCUGCUUGUCCUGGUCUACAUGAUGUCCAAAGUCAUGCCCAAGAAAAGCCCUGUCUACUUCCUGCUGGUUGGAGGUUGGUCCUUUUCCCUGUACCUGCUUCAGCUGAUCUUCAAGAACCUGCAGGAGAUCUGCAAGUCCUACUGGCAGUACCUGUUAGGUUACCUGCUCUUUGUGGGCCUCCUGAGCUUCGCCGUGUGCUACAGGUACGGCCCCUUGGAGAACGAGCGCAGCAUCAACCUCCUGUCCUGGGCCCUGCAGCUCCUGGGGCUGCUGCUGAUCUACUCAGGCAUCCAGAUCCACCCCAUCGCCCUGGGCCUGGUGCUGCUGGCUGUCUGCACCAAGAACCUGGAUUACCCCUUGCAGUGGGCCUUUGCUGCCUACAGGAGGGUGCAGAGUUCCAAGCUGGGCCCAACCCCACCUCGGCUGCUGACAGAGGAGGAAUUUCAGCUCCAGGGUGAGGUGGAGACCCGCAAGGCCCUGGCAGAGCUGAGGAGCUUCUGCCAGAGCCCCCAGUUCUCUGCCUGGAGCACGGUGUCCCGCAUCCAGUCUCCCAAGAGGUUUGCUGAUUUUGUGGGUGGUGCUUCCCAUGUCACCCCCAGUGAGGUGUCAGCCCACGAGCGGGAGUUCGGCCUGGAAAGUCUCUCCAUUGAUGAGGAGCUCUUCGAGGAGGAUGAUGAUGAUGAUGAUGAAGAGGAGGAAAUCAUCAGUGACUCCUCUGGUGGGAAUCACAAGAGUGAUUCCCUAUUCCACAACCAUGUGGAUGUCCAGUGAGGUGCCUGAGGGUGACACACACGAGAGGAACUUUGGACCUGUCCUGCUGGUGCCUGCGUGCUCAGCACCUGCCUGGAGCCCUGGUGAGGGAGCUGCCAGUGUCCUGCUCCUCCUCCUCCUCCUGGUACAGAUGUGUCAGAGGGCUCCAGCUGGUCGGGCCACACCUCUGCCUUGGCUUCAAUCCCAUGUGGAUACCAAAAACUCCUCAAUGGAGCUGUGGAGCCUCAGGGUCUGCUGGCUGCCCCUGGAUGUGGUGUUGGGGUAGAGGCCGUGCUCAGCCCCCUCUCCCCAUGCCAGAGCUGAGGAUGAGUGUGGAUGUGCUUCCUCCCUGCCUCACUGCCCUUCUCCUGCUGUUACUCCUCUCCCAGUGAGUGUGGGCAGGGACUGAUGGUGACCCCACUGAUGUUCCAGUGGGGAAUUCUGGGGAGCUCUGCCAAAGCCCAAAGCUGGAGGGGACACCCCAGUCUAUGCAACUUCCUAAGCAAUAAUGCUGCCCUCACCUCCUCGCAGUCUCAGCUGCCCUGGGGAUGCCCGGCCCAGCCCCUACCUCACCUGGAGCUUCUGCCAUCUGUUUGUCCCAGUCCCAGGUCUGUCCCUGUCCCAGGUGUGCUCCCCAGCCCUUGCUGUGCUUUCCUCCCUGCUCAGGUGUGAGCAGACUCUGUUACUUUUCCCCCCCCCUGCCUCAGCGUGGUGGAUAACUGAUUAUAUUUUUAAUAAAGAUGUAUUUUUUAGGUGCUGA